AUGCGUGCAUCGGCUUUUUCUAACCUCUUUGCGGUCUACAUGACGAUGCUCUUCUUUGCUUCGACAGCGUCGGCCAACUACUUCAUUAUCGAUGAGCCGCACUUGUCAGCGCAGUGGUCGAACGGCGCCACCAAUCUCAUAACAUGGUCGAAGGCCCUACGAGACAACAUUCAUGGUUUCGAUGUGGAGAUGGCAAGGCUGAAUUCGAAUGGGUUGACUUUGGUUGCUCGAAACGUUCCAGCAUCUCAGGGGAAGCUCAAUAUCUUCCUACAGGACUUUCCUGCAGGGGACGACUACUUCCUUAUUUUCAUUAAUUCCACGCAUGGAGUCAUGCACACCACCUCCUCACGGUUUACAAUCCUCGACGCCUCUUCUACACCAACAGAUACAUCCAGACCAUCACCCGCAACGGGCAUUCCAACUGUCACCCUGAGUGGCUCUCCAAACCCAACACUACCGUUCGCCACAACCUUCCCUGCUAUCGCCAGUGGAGCGCGGUUAGACGUGUUGAAUAUCCCUAUCAGCCAGCUCAUCAUUGUUUCGCUCGGUGUAAUUCUCGGUGCAGCGUGGACUCUCGUGCCCCUUUCAUAG